AAAUCACAUAAGCCGGGGGGCAGCGAAUAUUAAAAGCAAAAUAUCUGGCAAUAAAUCCUUGGCCGUCGAUCGGCACAAACCCCAAAUUAAAUCCCUCCUCCUUGUCCAAACCCUAAUUCUCCACACUUAAAAGUUACUUCUUCAACCAUUUCACGCACAGGAAACUCCAUAAUUCUCUCCCACACGAGAGUAACGAUGUCGGAUUCAACUAUUGUUAACGGUGUGGAGGAUAAGACGAUUAAUAUUGAAGAUAAUUCUGGUGACGGUGAUGGUUCUGAUUCGAAAGUUGCUGCACUGAUGCUGAAGAUUGCUGCGCUUGAACAGGAGAAGAGCGAGUUAGUUCACGAGAAUGAAGUUGUGAAGGAGCGAGUUAAUAAGCUUAAAGGUGAGAUUGAGGAGUCUGAUGCGGAGAAUGAGAAAUUGAAGAGUGAGACUAAGGUUUUGGAUUCGAUUGCUGGCCGUGCUGCACAGUUGGAGACAGAAGUUUCGAGGCUGCAGCAUGAUCUGAUUUCGUCUUUGAAUGAGAACCAGGAAGUGAAUGCAGAAUUGUCUGUGAUGAAACAGGAGAUUGAGGAAUUGAGGAAGAGUGAUGUGAGUAAGAGUGUCAGUUUGGAGGCUAUUGAGAGGGAAAGGAAUUUGUUGUUGGAGAAGAUUAAUAAAGAUAGCGAGGCAGUUAAGGAAUCAAAUAGCCGGAUUAGCGAUUUGGAGAAGAAGAUUCAGGCGUUGGAGAUGCGUGAUAGUGGUUAUAAGAGUGAUAAGAUUAGGGCUGAGGAAGAAAUGAAGGCGAAGAUUGAGGAGAGGGAUUUGAAGAUUAGGGAUCUGCAGAAUUUGGUUGAUGAAUUCGAGGCGGUGUUGGAAAGGUCGAAUAAGGAAAAGAAGGGGUUGGAGAUUGUGAAGAAUGAUUUGGAAGCACUGUUGAAGCAGUCAGAAAGGAAGGUUAAGGAGAUGGAGAGUAAGAUGGGGUUGUUGAGUAAGGAAUUAGAAGGGUCUGAGAAACUGAUUAGUGGGUUGAAAGAGAAGGCAAUCGAAGGAAUGAAUGGGGAUGAUGUGGUUAUUGAGAGGGGAAUCGUUGGUGAUGAUGAGAAAGGUUUCAUGGGGUUCAAUCUUGAAUGGCCGAUAAUGGCAGCUUCUGCUGGUGCUAUUGCUCUUUUGGCUGUCGUGUACCUUCACCAUACAAAGCAGAGGUAAGGUUUUCAUGGAAAUGAUAAGGGAGUUUGAUGAUCCGUUUUAGUUUUUUGAGGUGCUACACCUAAUGAUUGUUUUUAGAGUAUUAUAUAUACUCGCGUGAUUUUGUUGGCACGUUGUAAAAACUGCAAACUUGAUUAGUCUUAUUAUGCAGUCUAGUCUGACAGUGUUGA